AUGAAACUCGAGAAAAGUGAAGAAAUGGCUAACGAAAGUCUUUUAUUACAAAAUAGGGGCAGUUCCACGGUUAAAGUGCAAAUCGUUCCUAAACAAAAGACUCUCACCCAUCUACCUAAAAGGCCGAAAGUGGAUCUAGCAUUCGAUAACCUUAUCUACAAUGUACGACAAGGCAAAAAUGUAAAAACGAUUUUAAAAUCCGUAAGUGGCCAAUUAAAAUCUGGCGAAUUGACAGCCAUUAUGGGCCCUUCCGGAGCAGGAAAAUCGACCUUAUUGAACAUCCUUACAGGAUAUAAAACGCAAGGAAUGCAAGGCAGUAUUAUGAUGAACGGGCAUGAAAGAGAUCUAAGUCAAUUUCGCAAACUUUCCGCUUAUAUAAUGCAAGAUAAUCAGCUUCACUCUAAUCUAACAGUGGAUGAAGCAAUGCAUGUGGCAGCUAAAUUGAAAAUUGGUGAUAAAAAAUCGAACGAAAGAGAGGAAAUUAUUAGCGAAAUCUUGGAUACUCUCGGACUUUUCGAGCACAGAAGAACUAUGACUAGUGGAUUAUCCGGUGGCCAAAAGAAACGUCUUUCAAUCGCCCUGGAGCUUGUCAGUAAUCCUCCCAUUAUGUUCUUUGACGAACCAACAAGUGGUUUGGAUAGUUCUUCGUGUUUCCAAUGUAUCCAUCUCCUGAAAACCUUGGCAGGAGGUGGACGUACCAUAAUAUGCACCAUCCAUCAGCCAUCGGCAAGGCUUUUCGAAAUGUUCGACCAGCUGUACACGUUAGCCGAUGGUCAGUGCGUUUACCAAGGAUCCACGAAACAGUUGGUGCCAUUUUUGGCCGCUCUGGGUCUGCAGUGUCCGUCAUAUCACAACCCUGCUUCGUUCAUAAUUGAAGUUGCUUGUGGAGAAUACGGGGACAAUACACAGAAAUUGGUUAGAGCGAUAGGCAAUGGAAAAAACAACAUAAGAGACGGAGUACCUUUCCCUGAAGAUAUUAAAAUAGCCGGGGAAGCUCUGAACAAUGCCACUAAAUAUGCAAACGAAACUUUAGGAUCGACAGUAGUACUGAAUAACGUUGAUAAGAACGAGGCUAUAAAUGAACACUUGGACAAAUAUGAUAGCAAAAAUUAUUCAAAAAAUCUACUCCAACAGGAUGCAUUACUACUUCAAAGUGUUGUCACCGACUUAACAAAAGGAAAUCAAGAAACUGCCCUUUCUGUGGAAACAAACGAGAAAAAUACAAAUGUAGAAACAAGCCUUCUGGAAGAAACGAUUGUACAACAACCACGAUAUGGAAAUUCGGAACUGAAUCAGUUCUUUAUUAUAUUAAAAAGGGCUCUUUUGUUCAGCAGAAGAGAUUGGACUCUCAUGUACCUUCGAUUAUUUGCUCAUAUAUUGGUGGGAAUAUUGAUAGGAGGCUUAUAUUUCAAUAUUGGUAACGAUGGCGCAAAGGUUUUGAGUAAUUUAGGGUUCCUCUUUUUCAACAUGUUGUUCCUUAUGUACACGUCCAUGACUAUUACGAUUUUAUCAUUCCCUCUGGAAAUGCCUGUCUUACUUAAGGAACAUUUCAACCGAUGGUACUCUCUGAGGUCAUAUUACAUGGCCAUUACCAUUUCUGAUAUACCAUUUCAGACAAUAUUUUGCGUAUUGUACGUAACAAUUGUUUACUUCAUGACCAAUCAACCCAUGGAAUUAUCAAGGUAUGGGAUGUUUUUAGCAGCCUGUUUAUUGGUUUCUUUUGUUGCGCAAAGUGUGGGACUUGUGGUGGGUGCUGCAAUGAACGUCCAAAACGGUGUAUUCUUGGCUCCAGUUAUGUCGGUACCAUUCCUUCUGUUCUCUGGUUUCUUCGUGUCUUUUGACGCAAUUCCUGUUUAUUUGAGAUGGAUAACAUAUUUAUCCUACAUCAGAUACGGUUUUGAAGGAACGGCCUUAGCAACUUACGGUUUCAACAGACCAAAACUGACUUGCUCAUCUCAGUAUUGCCACUUUAAAUCACCGAAAACAACUCUCGAAGAACUCGAUAUGGUCAAUUCUAAUUACACCAUCGACAUUGUUGCUUUAGUUGUAAUUUUCAUCACUCUCAGGGUUGCCGCCUUUCUAUUUUUAAGAUGGAAGCUUAAGAGCAACAAAUAGACUCAAUUUCUUCAAGUCAUUUCUAAAAUUUAUGUCUUUAUUCAAUGCAAUUUUCUCUCGUAUGUAAUUUAUAGAACACUCGGUGCAUUCUACAACAGUUGUCUGCACUUGUAGGAUUAUGGGAUGCAAAAGGUGCCGUAGAAUUAGAAUUUUAACACAAAUAUAAAUACUAUUUAUGUUUAUAUACUAAAAUUUAUCUUGCAUGGUAAAACUAGGAUAAUAAUGAAUAAAUAAUAGGUACGUUUAAUUUUUUGAAUAAUAUUGUUGAAUGUUAGUUUACUACUCAGGCUGUGGUGCGUUGCUCUCGAUGGAACGACAAAAAUUGUUGCGACAAAUCAAAAAACUUGCCCAUCAUGAGAACUUUAUGUGUAUUCGCAUGAUGUUAUAUUUAUAUUUUUGUACAGUUUUGUAUUGCCCUAAAUAAAAUUAUAUCGUUGUUUAAGA